AUGGAUCAGCAUCGAACGAAUAGACCUAUUACGGCACAGUUGGAAGUACAUUAUUCUAAGAACGGGAAACCAGGUGAUUCAAAGAUCGUUGGGACGUUGUUGCGGGUUCAACAGCAUCCUGACGGAGUGGACGAUUUCGAACCACUUAACGCAUGCGCAUUUGGUGAGGAGUCUCAGAAUCCUUCCUUGCAAACGGAAAUAUCCAAAAACAUGAAGGUCUGCGACUUGUACCAGUGCGUACAUAGCCGUCAUUAUCAUCAUCAUGACGACUGGUUUGUACAUGUUCCUGCUUGUGCACGGAGAUUCAGCGAAAGUAAUUUGACACGACUCCCUGGUCAUUAUCUAGAGUUACGCGAACAACAGCAGGGGCAUCACCAGAAUUCAAUCCAGCGUCCCGCAUCAGAAUCCACAUUGUCAAGUCCUUCGCUCAAGUGUCGGUCAAGAAGAACGGCUUCUUGCUCAAGUGCUGGCUUGGGUUUUGGUUCUGAGGUGUUACCUACGUUAAUGGAGUCAGAGACGUCUGAAUUUACCCCAGAAAACCCCUUCAGAAAGCAUUAUAGCAUGGAGAACAGUGUAGAUAAUACCAGUUACUCUGAAAAUACAGGUUCGCUAACUCUAGCGGACAAUCAGGAUAAUGAUGACAAGCAAAAAACUAGCAAUGAAUAUUACGACUACAAUUACGAUUACGACUAUAAUGACGAAUACAAUAGCAAUUCGCCUUCUGAAUCAAGGUCCAUUACUGAAAAACAACCUGUUUCUCCAAGGAAUUCAAUGCACGCAUGCAAGAUCGAUUUCCCCACCAAAUGCACUGAAGAUGAUUCUUCGCAAUGUUCACUCGAUUUGUCUUCUCCAUGCACAAAUCAUCACCAUAGAAGGAAUUCUCUAGCGGUCAAGUUCCAGAAACCGCGUUACAGAUCAGUAUGA